AUGUCGACAAUUGCCCUUAAUACAACAUCCGACGAUGCAGGAAAGGGUCAGGCGUCAGAGGGGAUCAGUCUCAAGGCCUUCGUGACUUCCCUGAGUGCCGCUCUGAUAACCUUCGGGGUUCAAACAGGACUGUUCUUUCUUCUCAGACAGAAGCUCGCCAGAAUCUUCAAACCGAAGACCUACCUCGUGCCUGAACGCGAACGAACCGAUCCUCCCCCAGAAAGUCCGUGGGGCAUGGUCAAUGCCCUUAUGCGCUUUCGAGACCGCGAGAUCAUGAACAAGUGUGGCCUAGACUCUUAUUUCUUCCUACGAUAUCUCCAAACACUCUUGAUCAUUUUUAUUCCUAUGGCUGUUGUCAUCAUUCCCAUUUUGAUACCCAUCAAUUAUGUGGGCGGCAUUGGCAAAGAUGUUACAGGCCAAGUCAAGAACAACGAUACGAGCAUCGAUGUUACUGGUCUCGACACUCUCGCUUGGGGGAACGUCAGUCCCAAAAAGACGCACAGGUACUGGGCUCACUUAAUAUUGGCUGUUUGUGUUAUUAUAUGGGUAUGCGGAGUCUUUUUCGCCGAGCUACGAGUUUUCAUCAAGAUACGACAGGAUUGGCUUACCACAGCCGAACAUCGUUUGCGAGCUUCGGCAACGACAGUCUUGGUCAGCUCCAUUCCCGAGAAAUGGCUAUCUGAAGAUGCAAUGCGGGGGCUGUUUGAUGUGUUCCCGGGUGGCAUUCGAAAUAUCUUCAUGACCCGGGACUUCACUCCACUGCUCGACAAGAUUAAAAAGCGAGACAAAGUCCACCGGCAACUCGAAGGGGCAGAGACGGAGCUUAUCCGCGCGUGUAAGAAGAAACAGCUGAAAAAACGAGAGGCGGAAGAAAAGCAAGCCCGAAAGGAAUCGAAGAACAAGAGGCCAACCAAGCAGGAAAAAGCCCAGCGUAAGCAGGAAGAAGAUGCUGCGGCCCAGCUGCAGGCAGAGAGCGGCGCAGGCGCUAGUAGCGGAGAUCACCACGAGGUUCCUCAUGACGUCCGAGAAGGAAUACAGGAAGCUCAUGAGAUGGAACACGGCGAGCAUCAGCAUACCCAUGACGAGAACGAGCAGCCCCGUCCAUCUCGCGAUGAAGGUGGCCUGAUGAAAGUUCCGAUUCUGGGAACAGGAUUGUCCAGGCUGACUCAGGGACUGGGCCGAGGAACAGAUGCCGUGGGUAAGACCGGGCAUGAAAUCUUCGGUGGUGCUCGGAACGUUGUCGGUCGGCUCGACAAUCAGAUUGAAACGACUAAUGGCUUCGUGUCGAUAGCACCGUCCGCCAGGCCCGAUACACGCAGUUCCAAUCGCCGCCACGUGAGAUUGCCUGACGAAGAUGAGCUUCCACGUCCCUCAACUGCUGUAUCUGACCGCCGGGGAGUGAUGGGUCAUGUGCCCACGCAUUCAACCGCCGGCCAACGUCUUACUCAUUCACGCGAUGUUUCUGCUGCUUCUCAAUUCACUGGGCCGAAUAGGGAGAGCAUUGAGCUGAAGUCAUUCACAAACACAACCCGCAAGGUUAGUAACAUUGAGGAUAUGUAUGUGAAUGAUCGGGCUCGUUGGUUUCAAUUUUGGAAACCGCCGUCCGGUGGGUUCGCUUCUCCGAUUCCUCAAGGUGCUGAGGAUGCCGAAUUCCCAUUUGAAGAAAAGUCAGGUUGGAAAAAGUUCAAGGAGGCCAUUCCCUUUAUCGGUGGCAAAGACGAAGAGCCUAUCGAAUAUCCUAUCGCACACAACGAGGAGUACAAGGAAGAUGGCGAAGAACAAGCAGAAUGGGAGAAGUGGCUCAAGCAAAAAGACCGGCCUACCCAUCGAUUGGCCAAAUUUGAGUGGACACCAGACUUCCUCCCCGGCUUCCCGCUUUUGAACGAAAAGGUUGAUACGAUAUUCUGGUGCAGAAAAGAGCUCGCACGCUUGAAUCUCGAAAUCGAAGAGGACCAGAAGCAUCCCGAGCGUUUUCCCUUGAUGAAUUCCGCUUUCGUCCAAUUCAACCACCAAGUUGCCGCUCACAUGGCAUGCCAAAGCGUGAUCCACCAUGUCCCCCGACAUAUGGCACCUCGAACCGUCGAAAUUUCACCCAACGACGUUCUCUGGGAUAAUAUGGCUAUAAGUUGGUGGUCUGAAUGGCUCCGUACGGCUGUAUCAAUGGCAGUUGUGGCUGGUAUGAUCAUUCUCUGGGCUAUACCCGUUGCUUUCACGUCGUCCAUCUCGCAGAUCGACUCUCUCAUUGCGCAGUACCCUUGGCUCGGUUUCCUGCAGCAAAAUGAAACGGUGCACAACGCUGUUCAGUCCCUUGCCGGUGUUCUGCCUGCCAUCUUGCUUGCUCUGCUCCUGUUCUUGGUUCCGAUCAUCAUGGACGCGCUCGCAGGCUUUAAAGGAGCCAAGACUGGGUCUCAGAAGUCAGAAAUUGUACAGGCCUUUUAUUUUGCAUUCCUGCUUGUUCAGGUGUUCUUUGUUGUUUCGCUGUCCGCCAGUAUUUUAACCGUACUCGGAGAGAUCGCGGAAGAUUUUACCAAUAUCACAAGCGUGUUGGCGACAUCGCUUCCCAAGGCCGCCAACUAUUUCUUCUCCUACAUGAUUCUACAGGCUCUCAGUACAAGCUCUGGUACUCUGCUACAAAUCGGAGCCCUGAUCAAUUGGUAUAUUAUUGCGAAGAUUACGAACAACACGGCACGUAACAAGUGGACCACAAAUACGAAGCUUCCUCAGGUCAAGUGGGGUUCUUUCUUCCCAGUUUACACCAAUUUCGCUUGUAUUGGACUCAUCUACUGCGUCAUUGCACCACUCAUUUCGAUAUUUGCGAUCAUUACAUUCAGUUUGCUUUGGAUAGCCCACCGCUAUACCAUGCUGUAUGUCAACCGCCUCUCUAUCGACACUGGUGGCGUGCUCUACCCCCGCGCAAUUAAUCAGACUUUCGCCGGCUUGUACAUCAUGGAGAUCUGUCUCAUUGGGCUGUUUUUUAUUGUACGGGAUGAUGCCAACAAUCUGACGUGUACCCCACACGCUAUCAUCAUGAUUGUGGUAACUAUCUUAACAGUACUCUACCAAUUAUUGCUCAACUACUCCUUUGGCCCCUUGUUCCGGUAUUUGCCCAUUACGUUCGAGGACGAAGCUGUACUCAGAGAUGAGGCGUUUCAACGAGCACAGGAUCAUCGUUUGGGCUUGCUUGAAAACGAGGAUGAUGACGAGGCGGUCGAAAAGGAGGGGCUACCUUCUCACAACCGCAACGGUCAAUCGGCGCUACACACUGACGGGGCGAUCGAGAAGCCUCGCAAAGGUAACAAGUUUACAAACUUUGCGCCUGUCAAGGGUCUUACCCAUGCCGGUUCUCUGGCCAUCAGGGGCGGCAAGGCAUUGAAAAACCACACAUACGACAGAGCCGAGCAAGGCGUAAAGAGUGCGGCAAAGUAUCGAGAGGAACGUCGGAAGAAAGACCUAGAAGCUCAGCGCGCUAUUGGUGAAGCACUUUAUGGCGGUUAUCACGACGAAAUCGAGGAUUUGACUCCGGAAGAAAGGGAUGCUCUUGUGCAGCACGCCUUCAAGCACGAAGCUUUGAGAGCUCGCCGCCCGGUCUUAUGGAUUCCUCGUGAUGACCUUGGCGUCAGUGACGAUGAGAUCAGGCGCACAGAGCUUUUCAGCGAGCACAUCUGGAUUUCAAACGAGGGUACCGCCCUCGACAGUAAGGUCCGUGUGCUCUAUGGCCGCGCUCCUCCAGAUUUCAGUGAACUAGACUUGAUCAAUCUGUAG